GUGAGCCCAAAUGUUUACUUUACUGAAAAUACCCCCUCACCAUAGUAAGCGUCUCUCUCUUCACUCACCCUUCACCACCACCCUUACACCGUCACCGUCACCACCGGCAGCCGAACCAACCGCCAUAGUCAGCCUCAUCCUCACUUCGACUAACCCACAAACCCUAACCCAAACCCUCCACUCCCCUACUCUCCCCUGGACUCCAGAGCUUGUCGACCAAAUUAUCAAACGCCUCUGGAACCAUGCCUAUAAGGCUCUCCACUUCUUCACCGUCCUCUCCUAUCACCCAACCUACUCUCACUCUCUCUCCUCCUUUGACCACGCCGUUGACCUCGCAGCUCGCCUGCGCGACUACAAAACUGUAUGGACCCUCGUGCACCGGAUGAAAUCCCUCCGCCUGGGCCCCACCCCAAAGACAUUUGCAAUCAUUGCUGAAAGGUACGCCUCUGCUGGGAAAGCUGAUAGAGCAGUAAAGCUUUUUCUGUCAAUGCAUGAACAUGGUUGUGGUCAAAGUUUGACUUCUUUUAAUACCAUUCUUGAUGUGUUGUGUAAAGAAAAGAAAGUUGAGAAAGCUUACAACUUGUUUAAGAUUUUUAGGGGUAAAUUUAAGGCUGAUGUUGUUAGUUAUAAUGUAAUUGCAAAUGGGUGGUGUUUGGUUAAGAUGACUGGAAAGGCUUUGGAGAUUUUGACGGAAAUGGUUGAUAGAGGAUUAGAACCCAAUUUGACGACUUAUAAUAUAAUGCUUAAAGGGUAUUUUAGAGCUGGUCAAAUUGAAGAAGGUUGGAGGUUCUUUUUGGAGAUGAAGAAGAGGAAAUGUGAAAUGGAUGUUGUUACUUACACCACUGUGGUUCAUGGGUUUGGUGUUGUGGGUGAAAUUAAGCGAGCUCGAAAGGUUUUUGAUGGGAUGAUUAAGGAGGCUGUGCUCCCAUCAGUUGCAACUUAUAAUGCUCUGAUUCAAGUUUUGUGUAAAAAGGAUUCUGUUGAGAAUGCUGUAGUGCUUUUUGAGGAGAUGGUGAGGAAGGGUUAUGUGCCCAAUUUGACGACUUAUAAUGUGGUGAUUAGAGGGUUGUGUCAUGCAGGUGAAAUGGAAAGAGCUAUGGAAUUUAUGGGAAGAAUGAAGGAUGAUGAGUGUGAGCCAAAUGUACAGACGUACAAUAUUAUGAUUAGGUACUUUUGUGAUGCGGGAGAUGUUGAGAAGGGUUUAGAUUUGUUUGAGAAGAUGGGUACUGGAGAUUGCUUGCCAAAUUUAGAUACAUACAAUAUUUUGAUAAGUGCAAUGUUUGUGAGGAAGAAAUCUGAUGAUUUGUUGGUUGCUGGGAAGUUGUUGAUUGAGAUGGUUGAUAGAGGAUUCAUGCCUAGGAAGUUCACUUUGAACCGGAUUUUGAAUGGGCUUCUACUAACAGGUAAUCAAGGUUUAGCUAAAGAGAUUUUGAGACUGCAGAGCAGAUGUGGCCGUUUUCCUCGUCAAUUCAAAUUGUGAAGACCGUUUGCAUUCAGAUUUGUUGAUGACCCUGGACUAUUUCUGACUCUUUGACAUUCAGAGGACGGCUUGCUCCUUUUCCCUAUGGAUGCAUCAUGCAUCAUAUGAUUGAAUGAGGAAUUCAAUGGGCACUGGACUUGGGGUUUCUUCUGCUUCCUUUUCUAGCAGUCCAAAGACUAAGACUGUUAUCAUGUGUGCUGUAUUGAGGUAUUGACGGUCUUUAGACCCCAUAUUGGAGGAUUCAUACCUCUAUCAGUCUUUGACGGAAAACAGAGUACCAUUCUCUAUAUGGGGGCAAUCAAAUAUUGGAAGCAUUAAUGGUAUGGCUGUGAUCAGUUUUGAGGUUUGUUUGCUUCCUUUUAUUCUGAUGUCAUAUACUGGGUGCUAUAAUUAUCUUCAAUUUGAAAAUCGAUAUGUUAGGUGCAAAGAUUAAGAGGAUUAUUCUACCCUACAUGUCAAACCUUUUGCGAGUUGUUUCUGUCCAUUAUGGUGUAUAUAACUUAGUUAAGUUGAUAACCUUAUUGUACAAAAGUUAAUUUCAUCUUUCACUAGUUCUGCCAAAAAAAAAAAAAAAAA